UUACCUGGAACAGAGACAGGCAGGCAGCAGGCCUUCAUCGCAGAGAGGACAGCAGCACCUGAGAUUGACGGCGGGGCAGCGCGCGGGCCCUUCCCUUCGGAGCACUCAGCGUGAGAGAUGGGGAGGCAGCCGUGCUGCGACAAGGUUGGCGUGAAGAAGGGCCCGUGGACGGCGGAGGAGGACCAGAAGCUCGUCGGCUUCCUCCUCACCCACGGUCACUGCUGCUGGCGCGUCGUCCCCAAGCUCGCAGGGUUGCUGAGGUGCGGGAAGAGCUGCAGGCUGCGGUGGACCAACUACCUGAGGCCGGACCUCAAGAGGGGCCUGCUCUCCGACGACGAGGAGAGGCUCGUCAUCGACCUGCACGCGCAGCUCGGGAACAGGUGGUCCAAGAUCGCGGCGCAGCUACCGGGCAGGACGGACAACGAGAUCAAGAACCACUGGAACACACACAUCCGCAAGAAGCUCGUCCGGAUGGGGAUCGACCCCGUCACCCACCUGCCGUUGCAGGAACCGCCGGCUCCUGCUCCUGCUCCCGCCGAGCAGCAGGAGCAGAGCCACAGGCAGCAAGAAGAACUGCAACUGCAAGAGCUGCAGAACGGCCGCGAGCUUAUCAUGCAGGAGGGCGCGGGGGAAGACGAUAUCACGCCGAUGAUCCAGCCGCACGAGAUCAUGCCGACGGCGGCAGCGGCAAGCAACUGCGGCUCUGUUUCCUCUGCCCACGCCGGCUCCGCGUCCGUGGUCUCGCCGUCCUGCUCCUCCUCGGCGGUGUCCGGCGUGGAGUGGCCGGAGCCCAUGUACCUGCUCGGCAUGGAUGGCAUCAUGGACGCCGACUGGGGCAGCCUCUUCCCCGACACUGGCGCUGGCGGCGGCGGCGGCGGCUUCGACUUGGGCGUCGAUCCGUUCGACCAGUACCCGGGCGGUGGCUUCGACCAAGAAGACGACCACAGAAUAUGACAUCGGCCUAGCAAUGCACAUAGAUUCGCCGCUUCUCCUUCCAUCUCGCUCAGCACAUCAGCGCCGUAGCCUCCAUGUUUUCUUAAUAGCUCUCCAGGGUCCAGUGCUGAUAAACAAGAACUGACAAAUUCGGGUGCGGAAA